AUGGAUAGUCUUCCAUAUGAUUUCAACCAAUAUUUGGAUAUUUCAAGAUGGAAUGAGCCCAGUAAGUCAAAGGGGAAUGAAAUGCCAAAGAAUGACACAACUGUGAGAUAUGGGGACACAUGUGACUCUGGCUUUCAAAGCCUAAACUUUGUUCCCUCCCGAGGAAAGGCUCAUAACGGCAAAGCUGACUGGUCACCUGAAAAGUCCAGUUUACCUGAUGUUGCGGACCAAUCAGAGACGCAGAUGAAAGUGGAUUUCUUCCGAAAACUGGGUUACUCUUCAGAAGAAAUUCAUUCAGUCCUGCAGAAUCUUGGUAUUGAAGCAGAUACAAACAGUGUGCUGGGAGAACUAGUGAAACAUGGAGGAAACCCGGAACGGGAGACUGUGCCUGAGGAGACCCAAGAUCCUACUUUAGUCUCUCGAGGAGGUUUGGGGACAAGGGCAACCACAUCUUCUGAGGAGGGUGACAGUAACAACCUAAGGCCAAUUGUCAUUGAUGGAAGCAAUGUUGCUAUGAGUCAUGGUAACAAAGAAGUAUUCUCAUGCCGCGGAAUUUUACUUUGUGUCAACUUCUUCCUGGAAAGAGGCCACACGGAUAUCACAGUGUUUGUUCCGUCAUGGAGAAAGGAGCAACCUAGACCUGAUAUGCCUAUUACAGAUCAACACUUUCUGACUGAACUUGAGAAGAAGAAAAUCCUGGUCUUCACUCCAUCUAGGCGGGUCGGCGGGAAACGGCUAGUGUGCUAUGACGAUAGGUUUAUUGUAAAGUUGGCUUACAAUUGCAAUGGGAUCAUAGUCUCAAAUGAUACUUACAGAGACCUCCAGAGUGAGAAGCCAGAGUGGAAGAAGUUCAUAGAGGAGCGGCUGCUCAUGUACUCCUUUGUCAAUGAUAUAUUUAUGCCUCCAGAUGAUCCCAUGGGUCGAAAAGGACCAAACUUAGACGAUUUCCUAAGAAAAAGGCCUCUUGGACCAGAAAACAAAAAAACUGCAGUGUCCUUAUGGUAAGAAAUGUACUUAUGGCAUGAAGUGCAAGUUUUAUCACCCAGAAAGGAUAAACCAGACUCAACGUUCAGUAGCAGAUGAACUCCGUGAAAAUGCAAGACUUUCUCCCACCAAAAGCACUACUCACUUGGAAGACAAGAAAACAAGAAAGCAUUCUGUUGACACAUCCAAUGUAGAUGCAGAUGCUUCCUCUUUCCAAAAACUUCCUUUAGAGAGAACUGGAUCUUCUCAAAAAACAAGGCCAAUGGACAAGAAAGCAUUAGCACAAUUUUAUGCCAAUGGGGCUUCUGAAUGGUUUCCUCCAUCAGUUAGCUCCAAGGAUUCACUUCCUCAUAACUCUUAUGACUCUGGCGUGGAGUUGUGGACAAGUAUAUCAAACAGUUGCUGUGAUCCUUCUCAUGACCCAAUGAAAUACUGCAGCUCUAGUCAACAGAUACCGUGCUGUCAUCAUAGACCUGAUAUGGACUCAGAUCCUCGUAAACGCUAUAAUUCUCAGAAAAUAGUUCCACAUGGUCCUCAUUCAGCACCUUACUUUACCUAUAACCAAUCUUCUCCAUGGUCAGCCCCAAAUAUGUCACAUCACAUGUACAGAAGGGAAAUGUCAGAAACGGUUCCGUCUACUCAUAGUCUUCCAGCUGACUACCACACUUCAGCUACUCGCUGGACUGAUCCAAUGCAAUCCGUCAUUCCUCAACUAGAUCCCAGUCUAAUUACCAAGAAUACAUACCAGUUCAACCUACAAGCAAUGAUUACCAUCAAUGGCAAAACCAGGAAACAUACAAAGCAGAGAGAUUGGAUCUGCGCACUAAGCUUUGUGCUAUCUUCAACCCCCAGUUAGUUGAUGUUGUCAUGAAAAUGCACCCACAACAGAUGGAUCCACAGAGAUUAGCAGCAGAAAUAUUCAAUUACCAAACACAAAUCCGAAUGUGA